CCAACUGGGUCUUGGUAUAAAUGCCACGCUCUGCUGUGGCUUUCCUCACAUCCUUCCCCCUCCAGAGCACUUAUCACCGUGUGACACACUCUAUAUUUUACUCUUUUAAUAUUUGUUCAUUGUAGUUCUCUCUCACGUCAGCUUCCUAAGGGCCGGGCCACGGCUGUGUUCACAGCUGGGCCCAGAACUGUGUUUGGCAUACAGCAGGUGCUCAAGAAAUGCUCCCAGAGUGAAUGAAUGGAUGUUAGAAUUAAAUCAGGAGUAGAAUCACAGAAUGAGUGGCCGGCCCCAUGGGUUAGCGGUGAAGUGCGCGCGCUCCGCUGCUGGCGGCCCAGGUUCCCAUCCCCGGCGUGCACCGACACACAUGCUGUGGCUGUAUCCCACAUAAAGUGGAGGAAGAUGGGCACGGAUGUUAGCUCAGGGCCAGUCUUCCUCAGCAAAAGGAGGAGGAUUGGCAGAUGUUAGCUCAGGGCCGAUCUUCCUCACAAAAAAAAAAAAGAAUCAUAGAAUGUUAGACAGUGAGGCUAAGCCAGCCCAUUAGGAACUUGACUCAGGCAGGGAGGGGGGAAGAGGGGAGCCCAGCCCUCCACGCCUGAGUGCGGGGGACCCCAGGAAGAGAUGCCUCCAGUGGCCCUGCCCCACACCCGCCUCAGUGUUCCAGGUCUCCUGACACCAUGCGCACCCGAUACCUCCUGGCUCUGUUUCUCAUCCUCCUGGUAUUAGGAUUCGAGGUCCAGGGGGCCCAGGAACAUGAGGUUGCCAGCACCACCCUGCUCACCCAGGUGCAGGAAUCACUCCUCAGUUACUGGGAUUCAGCCAAAGCAGCCGCCCAGGACCUGUACAAGAAGACAUACCUGUCCACGAUGGAUGAGAAAAUCAGGGACAUGUACAGCAAAAGCACGGCGGCCGUGAGCACUUACACAGAGAUCCUUACUGACCAGCUCCUCUCUCUGUUGAAGGGAGACCAGUAACAGCUGGGCCCCUGGUCGUGGGGCAGGGGCGAGUCCAGACCCCAGCAACCCCUUGGCUCCCCUGACCCACCCCGUCUUCCUAGCAGCUCUCAGCAUCCUACUCCCAAGUGUAGCCUGACUUAUCAAUGAAAAAAUGCCAAGUUUAUCCUC